UCGGUGCUGUCUGAGAUUGUCAUUUUCGGUUGUCAGUUGCGGUUGUCAGUUAGAGCGCAAAAUUCUAAUUUUGCUCUGAAAUCACAAUAUUCAAAAGCACAAAUAUAUCGGUUAGGUUGUUCAGUUAUCGAAUUGUAAAUAACCAUAAUGAAUUUUCGCAACACUCGCCUAUUAUCGUCGCUAGUUAGAAACAACCUAGAAGCUUGGAAACAGAAGCAAGCCGACAUCCAAAGUAGAAUCAAUUCCAUUACGUUUCCUGAGAAGUAUAAAGGAACCAUCUGGGAGAAAUGGGCCAUGUACUGGAAAAAUCUACUGAUGGACUACAAAGAAGUGAUUCUUGACACCGGACGCACCAUGCAGCAACGUCCGGUUCGUAGUGCUGUUUACGUAACUCUACUUGGUUCGACCUACUAUUGCUGUGUCAACAACCCAAGUGAGACGGAUUUCGCCGAACGGUUCCGUCAAUGUAGAAACGAGCUAGCGUUGGUACACCCAACUUGCCAAAACCCGGAAACGACGUCGCACAUUCUGUUUCUACAACAAGCUUACAACGAGGGCAUCGUUCGUCGGAUAUCGCUCGGUGUAGUUUCGUUCAUCUGGUUGGACAAUUUCGAUCGCGGUGUUGCUAUCUACAAGGCAAUCUGUCCUUAUCUGAAGCCACGGUAUAUUACUUUCCAUGAAAGAAUUAUCGAUAUAGGAUUCAAUAACGAAUGGUGGCUGCUAAAGCGAAAGAUGGUAGACUAUGAUAUUAAUGAGGAAAACUUGUAAAAAUAAAGUUUUAACCAAAGCGAACGCUGGCGGAAUGUGUUGUUCUUUUAGUGUAAUAAAAAUGUUGGUUUCGAUUUUGUAA